UCUCAUGUGGCAAUCAUUGGUGAGAGGGGAAUCCGGCAGACUAGACGGUUGCGGAACCGCCGCCCCGUGACUAGCGGCACUGAUGCCAGUAGAUAAAACCGACGCCUGUAUUAAUGUAUGUUGGUGGUUGUUGUUGUGCUGUUGAUAUGCUGAAUAGUGUAUAGCAUGUGAUGUGUUAAACUCGGGCAUGAAUCGGUGUGGAUUUUAGUUUUACUGUGUUGGAGUGGGCCGCCCCGUGUGUGACCUGCGGUUUCUCCGGUGUUUCUGUCCUUAGUUUUAGUACAGUAACCAUCCACAGCCCGUGACAAUCAGCCCCCGCUCACAACACGUACUCACUACUGAUACUCUCUACUAAUUCAUCAACUGUGUAUCAUCACUACCCGGGUGUAUCACCUAAAUUUAGUGAUUACUUUAAUUAUUUAUGGAUUGAGUGUGUUUGCUAUAAAUCCGUAUAUUUUUACUAAGUUUGAUUGCUGUUUAGUGAGUGGUUGAUGUUGAUGUUUAUAGUCAUAAGUGAUCGGGGUUAAUCACUGUGAGUGGAUAUUGGAAGUUAAGCAGUGAUUACCAAGGAUUUUUACUCUGGAGGUGCUAACGGUGUGACAGGAAGACUACUGUGCCAACCUAACUUCGGCAUCAACCUAACUUGGGUUAACGAAGAUAGCUGCUAGAGGAGAUGGAGAUGGAGAUGAAUUGAUAGCGGUUACAAAAGUGGGGAGUAAGUAUCACGGAGGGGUUGCCCACCUAAAGUGUCUUGUCUCCUAUCAUCUUCUUGUUCGGGAUCGCUUACGAAUGAACCGCGAUCGAGGGAUCGGGUGGUUCAAUCGCGGCGACUAUCACUGUUGUCGUCGUUCUCGGGUUGUUAGCAAUCAUCGGCAUUGCGUACUGCCUGGUAUCAUGAUUGUCAGAUUGGUUUGUUACUGUUCUUGUGUGACAACGCGGUGAAAACAACUUAGUGACUUGGAUUCAUAUAUGUGUGGAUAAGUUAUGAUAAUAAUAAUAAUGAUGAUUUAUGAUCACGAUGAGUAACAAGGACAUGAUGUUUGAUGUGAGGACCGUUUCUUUAAACUAGUGUUAAAUUAUAAUCGCGAGUGUGUGUUGCAAUCACAAACAAUAAUCAAGACCACAAAGCUAUAUGCAGUGUGGAGUCGAAAAGUAACCACGAAAAUUGUUCGACGCGUGCUGUUCCCGUCGGCCUGUGCUGGGAGGAGGUUGAACGUCAUUGAGACGAAGAAAGGUGAAGACGCAGGAGAGGAGACGGCUGCACAAGCAGCCGACAACUUGGAGGUGGCGGUUGAAACGACGGGGGAGGCGGAGGAGGACAUGUCGGCAGAGACCGAAAUCGAGGUAUCCGUCGUCUCCGAGGAAGAUUUGGAAGCCUCUCGUGGCAGCAGCUCCUCUCCACAUCACUCCGAAAUGUUGCUCCAGGACAAGCAGAGACUCGGGUGCAAUAUUCCCAGCCAUCCCUUCAGUUUUGACGUCGGCAAAGCUGCUCUCAGGCCGGCGUGCAAUGCUCACUAUACGUCUUUCAGCAUCUCUAGCAUCCUAGGUCGCUCCGAAUCCCCGACGGCAAACGCUACAGCGGCUGUUAGCAUUGUCAGAUCGUCUUCCGACGCAGAACGCGGGUCUCCACCGGCGGCUACAACCUCCCAAAAACUAGUAACCUCUUGUGAGUCUUCGCCUACCGAAAGGAUACUAUCACCCACAUCGUUGAUCCUCACCGGCGGUUCUAGUGCAAGGUCAAUAGUUAGCCAAAGCACCCCGGAAACACGCAAUAGCAAUCCUACCAUUGGAUUAUCAUGGAGUUCCGGUGCUACAACCAGUCCUCCGAGUUUCACCGCUUCUGGAGACCAUGCUAAUCCGCUGAUGGGCCACCAGGCGUCGGCGAAUCUGGCCAUGUUGUCUAGACUGGGUCUAGUAUCUUCGUUGAUCGAGAGGUAUCCCAUCGGCGUAGGCGGGGUAUUUUUCCCCUCAACACUUCAGCACCUCCAACAACAGCAUCAUUCCCGGCUUGCAGCUGUCGCAAGCUCAGCUUUAAGCAAUGCCGGUCAAUCCGACGCAAGUGACGCUGAUGGAAUACGCGGAGUUUUACCGGGAAACGGAGGCUGGCCGUUUCCAUGGAGGCCGACUCAUGGGUUGCAAGGUCUCGAACAUCCAUCCCCAAGCGACGUUAUUGGAUCGCACAGUCGUGUUAGUCCACCCUCUGGGUCUUAUCUUAAGCGAGAUGACGAUGACAAUCCGUCAGACGAUCGACUGCACCGAGGUCGAAGUCCAUCCACGGGAGACGAAGUCCACGAAGACUUAGGAGAUGUCGACGACGGAAUGGACGGCGACGACGGCGAAUCUCCAGGUUCCUCCGGCCACCACGGUUCGAUAACAGCAGGCGGAAGUUCAGGGGGACAGAACGUAAACGGACAGGAUUCAAACGUGAAACGUAAGAAGAAAACGCGAACCGUGUUCUCCAGAUCGCAAGUGUUUCAACUAGAAACAACCUUCGAGAUGAAGCGAUACCUUUCUUCUUCAGAGCGCGCCUCAUUGGCCGCCUCGUUGCGGUUAACAGAGACCCAGGUAAAGAUCUGGUUCCAGAACCGGCGGAACAAGUGGAAGCGUCAAUUAGCUGCAGAAAUAGAGGCCUCCAGCAUGGCACACGCGGCACAGCGGCUGGUUCGCGUACCCAUUUUGUAUCAUGAGGCCAGCGCUACAAAUAACACAGUAGCGACCUCUUCUUCCGUUGGACAGGCUCCCAACGCUACGAACCCUUUGACGGCCACUAGCGGACCUCAUUCUGUUGGUGUUAGUGUUGGCGUUGGUGUUGGAACUUCCUGUGUUCCCUGCACCACAGCACCAUCAAUAUUCUACUCCCCACACGCAGCAGUAGCGGCUCAUCACCAGCAUCACCAUCAUCAUCACCAUCCACCGCCGCCUCACGUUCAGGCCCACACAUUGCUACCUCAUCAGGUGCAUCCUCAGCCUCCACCACCGCCACCUCCACCGCCCAAUUCUCAGGUCCAGUCGUCGCAAUAACCCAUCCUUAAUUCAUCCUAUCACUCCGGAUUGAUGGUGAGAUUGGAUCCUCAUCAAAGUCAUCAUCACCAUCAGUUUCCGCGAUUCCUCGCUGCACCGUGAUAAUAUUCACUAAAUAUCAUGGACGAUCUUAUAACUGUAAUAAUAGUUCUAAUUGAUAUUAAUAAUAAUUAUAUAUAUAUUAUAUAUAA